AUGGUUGAUACUAAUAAACCAUUACCCAGUACCGAGAAACUUACUAAAAAGAAAAAUCCAAAUAAUUUAAAUCUUGAGGAUGAUGAAGAUGAUGAAUUUGAGUUUUUCCAUGAAUUCAAACCAAGCAAUGUAAAAUCAUUAGUUCAUAUAAUAACUACACAGUUGAAAGCCUCGUUGGAUAUAGAAUAUUUAUUUUUGCCUUUUAGAAAGGAACAAACCAACGAGAAUUUAUUGAAAUUUUUAAAUUCUAUUUUCCCGUUGGGUAAUGGUGUCCCACUAUCAAAUGAUGCUAAGAUAUUAAAAAUUGUUCAAAAAACAACGCCAGAUACACUAUUUCAAACUCUAAAAUAUAUAUGGUGUAGAUUACCCAACGGUGAAAUUAUUGGUUGGGAAGCAUAUAAUAAAUUUCUGAAAAAGGAAAAAAAAAUGCAUUAUCCUCAGCGGGCGUUUCUAGAAAUCAUGCCUAAAUGUUUGAAAUCGCCUGAUCAUGCCUCGUUGGUUUACGAUUUUUUUGAUUUGUUGGUUGCGUUUGCUUCUAAUUCUAAAAUAAACAAAUUAAGUGCUAGAAAAAUAUCACGUAUGUGCGCUAUUUGGGCAUUUUCAUGCGAAGCUCAAAACAUCACGAACGGAUCCAAUCAACACCAACAGCAUCAGUCAAGUGCUAAAUCUUUGGAUUUUAGCAGUGCCCAAUUGCAAGAUAUUAAGAAAUUGGGGAAUAAUUCAUACGAACAAGGUUUAGCCGAAUGGCUACCAGCUUCAAAUGCUGUUUUUCACUUAACUAUGGCCUUCAUCAAAAGUUUCCUGCCGCCUGAAAAGGAAUCAUCUCACAAACCGAUGGAUAAUCUCCCAUUGGAUUUCCCUAAAAGUUUACGCCACGUUUUAUACGAUAACGAAUAUCCACCAAAUUCCAAUUCAUGGUAUACUGGAUCAAGCACAAUAUUGACGGUUCCAUUGGUGACCUUAAAAACCACUAAAUUUUCUAAGAAGCCAUGGUCUUUGUUUGAAAGAUGUGGCAAUUGUUUAAAUUUUGAUAAUCCAAACGAUUUUGGGACUAGAGAAGAUUAUGCCAUUUUGAAAAGUUUGUUUAACAACAAAAAAAGAGACACUGUUGAAGCAGUUAGCAAAAAAAUGUCUAAACAAAGCAAAAAAUUAAUGAAGGAAAUGACAACCAAGCACUCAACAUUCCAAGCUGGUUGGGCUAAGAAAAGAUGUGUGCCUCCCCUUAAGAAAGUUAAUGUUAAAGACGAGAUAGAAAUUAAAAGAGUAGAUAUAGAUGAUUACUUCAUUUGGACCUGGAUGUCUUCUAUAUCUAAUGAACAAACUUCUUUUAAAAAAAAGAUAUUUGGAAGAUCAUUGAUUUCAGAAUUUGAAUUUGAUGGGUUUAAAAAGUGGGUUAUUAUAGAAGAAUCAGAUAAAACACUAGAUUACAUAACGAGAUUGAACGCUACUAGUAGUGCUAAUAAUUUAACCUUGAAUGGCACAAAGGAAAAGAAAAACAGUGCUAUAGAUAAGAUUCAUGAUACUGCUAAAGGUGAUAAAAGGAACGCUACACCAGUUUAUGAAAAGUUUCAGAAAUUAAACAUGGAAAAGUCAAUGACACAUAUACCGCGAUCUAAAAACUUUGAACCGGAGCUGGGUCCUCAACUACGCAAGCAACAUAAAGCUGAAACCAGCGUUCAUUCCAUUGAGCAUAAGUUGGCUAAGUGGAAUCCGUUAAACAACUUAAGAAAGAAGAGCGAAACAAGUAUAACCUCUUUAGAACCAUCCCCUGAUGUGGCAAGUGAUGCAUACUUGGAGGAGAGGGGAGAAAGUCUUUUAAGCCCAGCUAAACAAACUACUGCAUUUAAUAAGAAUAAUGGAGACUUGUCUGAUUUAAAAGACAGCAAUAGAAUUACUCCGUCUUUAGAACAAAAAACGAAUAUGUUGCAACAACCAUCAAUUCAUGAACAAUCAAAAAAUUCAGAUAGAGUUAUUUCAUCAUUUAGUUUAUUAAAACCAGGCGAAUACGAAUUGCCUCCACUUGAACUUGGUGAUGAUAAUUUUGCGAUUGAUUUACCAAUUUUAGAUGCGAUCCAGGUGGAAGACGAAGAUAUUAGAAAAUAUGAACUGGAACGUGAACAAAGGCAAUUAGAAAAAAAUCGUUUACAAGAGGAAGAGGAGAAAAAACGUUUACACGAAGAAGAGCAGAAGCAAAAAACACUAUUAGCUAAACUUCAAAAGAAACAAAUAGAGCAACAGCGGCAGCAGAACCAAGCAAUGAAGGAAGAAGAACCACCCUAUGAAAAAGAUUCGCGCCAUAAUGAAAGAUUUACUGCUAAAAACAAUUCUGGGACUAUUGAUAGACAAGUAGAAGUUAUUGAUUUAGAGGCUGAUGAUUUAAGUGACGCUGUUGACGAUUUGACAUCUCAAAUAUAUCAAUUUGAUAGGAAUUUAACCCAAAAGAGACAAAAUACGCCCCAUUAUAAACCCGAGGAAGAAAUUAGGGUUACUAGUAGUAGAUAUGAUUCAAAUACAAUAGUUACACAAAACAGUGAAGAAGAACAAGGUGGCAAUGAGACAAAUUCCUUAAUAAAGCCCUUGAAUUUGGGGAGUGUAGAGUCUUUAAGUUAUUUAGUCAAUGAUGACGCCGGUGAAAAUUGUAGAGUUGCCAUGCCGCAACAACAACAACAUGAACAGUAUCAAUAUCCAAAUGAUCAAUAUCCCAAUGCUGCUAAGAAUAGGGAUUUUUAUGCUCAGCAGCAAUCGGAGCGACGUGGUAGAUCACACGACAAUCAUAUGGAUUAUGCUUUAAAUGAAUUAAAUUCAGAAUCUCCUUUAAGAAUAACCCACAGACCCCCUUCUCCUGUGUCGAAUCCUUAUAAAAAAGAUCAGUUUUCAGAACAAUAUUCAUACACUGGUGAUCACCCUCCCAUUGCUUCAGCUUCCCCUAUGAACACUUACCAAAAAGGCUCGCCAAAAUUUAUGCAACAACAUACCCUAAACAGUGAGCACCCAAGAUCCCCAUCUCCGUAUAAUAAUAAUAAUAAUAAUAAUAAUAAUAAUAAUAAUAAUAAUAAUAAUGUAAAUAUUGCCAGAGCUGGGGCAAUGCCAUCUUCAUACAACCACAAUACUGUUAAUCCCCCAGUAAAUCCUCCGUCUCCGUACAACAACGGCCAUAAUAAUAUGAACACUAACAGGUCGCCAAUGCAUCCAUCCUCAUAUAAUAACAAUGUAGUUAUUCCCCAAACAAAAUCACCAUCACCUUACAAUGGAGGUAUGUCACCAUCACCUUACAAUGGAGGUAUGUCACCAUCACCUUACAAUGGGGGUACGUCACCAUCAUUUUACAACAGAGGUACGUCACCAUCACCUUACAACAGAGGUACAUCACCAUCACCUUACAACAGAGGUACAUCACCAUCACCUUACAACAGAGGUACAUCACCAUCACCAGGCACUCCUAAUAAUAAUACCGCAAGUAAUUUUGGUACUGGAAAUAUUGUUGUGCAACAUGCAAAGUCUCCUCAACCGAGGAUACAGGGAGGCACUGGUAACACUUGUGGUUUACAAUCACAGGUGUCGUAUUCACCUCAAUAUGAAGCUGGUGCAGGACUUGUAGCUUCACGGGGUCGAUCGCCGUCUCCACAAAACCGUUCUUCAUCUCCGCAUGGUCGCUCACCUUCGCCUGUUUAUGUAGAAAAUAGAGUAGGAAUGGGGCAACCUAGCCAUUCAUUUACAUCCCCACAAAUGGCAUACCAAAAACAAGAUAAUAACGCUGAUCGCAAUGCCAUUAAUCAAAAUAAGCAAAAGGCGUCUGCAAACAGGAAUCCGUAUGUUAUCCCAAGAGUAGAAAGCAACCCUCAAUUGCGAAUACACCAAACACAACCACAGCAAAAUGAGUUUCAACCUAGAGGGAGGGGCAUCAAUGGUAAUUUCCCGGUACAGAAAAAUUUAUCUGCAGUGCCACCAAUGAUUGUUGUCAGUGGCUCUCCAGGAACAAAUACUGUAGCGUCUUCUCCACCAAGAGCUAAUACUAUGAUGAAUAUGCCGCCUUCUCCACAAUAUCAGCGAGGAAGUGUGUCACCAUACAGACAAACACCAUCCAACAAUAGUAUGAUGCCAACAUCUCCUCCAAAUAUGUAUAAUGCACAAAUGCCAAGAGCCAAUAGUAUGCAAAACAUGCCUACUUCGCCAUAUCGACAGCAGCAACCGCCAAUGCAUCAUAAUAACAUGAAUUGGGGAGGUCCAAUUCCAUCAAAACAACAACAAUACAUACCUAGAAAUACGUAUGGUCCGAAUGCAGAAGCCGAUGAAAUGGAGAAUCCUAUUGUUUCUAAAGUGGUAAGCGAAAUGCCAGUUGCUCCGAGAGUUAAUAAGUUACAUAGUGGUAACGUUUAUAAAAGUAAGGGGAGAAAACAGUUGUAUGAUCAAAUUCGUGGGGGAGAUUUUGGAAUUUGA